AUGCCGAUAGGUGCGAGUUUGCCAAUUAAUAGCGGAGUGCCUUUAUAGGUAUCAUCUGGUUUGACCUCAUAUUAGCAAGCAAAAUACACUGAGGAAAUAAAAAAUCUGAAACAAAUAAUUGAGAAAAUGAGUUCAAAGUUGAGAGAUUAUCAGCUUCAACUGCAUUUGCCAGAUUCUGACUUUCAGAACCUGUUUAUUCCAGAUCCAAGCUAGGCAAAUGACUUUGCCUACAAUCAUGAUUUAGCAGGGAUAUUGUCAUCUCAUCUAUUAAGUCCUUUAUUCCUUGAAUAUGAAUCAACAAUCAGAAAUUUAGAGAGGGAACUCAAGAAUAGAAAUAUGGACACAACUAGAUAAGCAGAGGAAAUACAAAUUUUACUAAGAGAAAAUGAGGAACUCAGUUAAAGAUUAGAGGUGUAGCAAAGAGAAUAUCUAAAGAUCGUCGAGGAAACACGAGAUAAUGCUGAUCUGCUGGCAAUGAGAACAGGUUCCCUCAAGAAUAAUGAUGAUCCAGGAAAGUAAUCAAUAAACGUAGAUGAGGUUAAAGAUCUGAGAAACAGAGUGCACUUGCUCACAGAGGAAAACCAUGUCUUAUUUGAAUAAGUGACAUUACUAAGAUCUCACUAUGAUAAGUACAAUGAAGAAGUUACAAGUAAAAUCACAAAUGCUGAUGUUAAAUCGCAAGCAUACGAUUUUCUCCAAAAUGAGUUCUAGCAAGUUGCUGGAGAGAGAGAUGAAUUAGUCAAGGCGAGAACAUACUUAGAAUAGAAAUUGACUGAGACUUCUCAUUUGCUUGCAAUAGUAGAGGAGGAAAGAAAGAAUGAUUAAUAAGAAAUUCAAAGAAUGAGGGAAUAACUCGUAAUAUUCUAGAGAGAAUAUACAUUUUACAAAGAUCACAGUGAGAGAAUGGAAAUGAAAGGGUCAGAUGAAGUAGAGCAGCUACAAAAGAGCAUGAGAGAGUUGAUAGAAAGAGAAAAAGACUGGCAGCUUAAGGCUUCGGAGCUUGAGAGAGAAAACCACGAACUCCAAGCAUUUAGUAGGCAACUUUAAGUUGAAAUAUAAGCUCAAAAAAGGGAUCUUAAGCAGAUAAUGGCAAUAAAUGAUCAAUUUUAGCUCUAAGCUUAAUAAUUUAAAGACAGAGAACUUUAAUUUAAUGAGCUUUCUAGAGAGUACAGGGAAAAGCUAGAGGAACUUAAGUUUGAAAGGGAAAGACUUGCAAUGAAAGAAGAAUAGUUUCUUAGAUAAGUUCAUAAAUUAGAAUCCACUUAGAAGAGUGAUGCCAAAAGACUAUAAGAAAAAUAUGAAACUAUGAUGUUGGCAAGAUAAAGAGAGAAUGAAAGAGCUAUCUAGGAAUUGGAAGAAAAAUUGAGCAGAGCUUAAGAUGAGAGUGAUGAAUAUCGUAGGAAAGCAGAUCGAAUUGAAAAGCAAUCCUGGGAGUUUAAGCGUUAACUUGAUGAUAACUCAAAGAAAGAGACCAAAUAAGUUCAAUAAUUUGAAAAAGUUAUUGAGCAACUCAAAAAUGAAAUCAAAGAACGAGAGAGGGAUCUUAAUAAUUUUGAACUUAAAGAAGGGUAUGAGAAGCAGACUCUCCAGCGAGACGUUAAGGAUCUAAAAGAAUCGGUAUUGAAUCUAACGGAAUAACUUUCCAAAGCAUAGAAAGAACUUGAAACUCACCAAAGAGAUCUUUAGAGACUAAGAGACGAAAAUGCACUUUUAAAGGCCACCGUUACAGAAGCUGAUAAAAGUAGAGAAUUGAUAGUCAGAGAAAUGACUCAUGUAAAGGACAUUGAACAAGAUAAGAUUAAAAGCAUAGAGUCGAAGAAGGAUGCUGAGAUUAAGAUGCAGGAAAAGCUCAUUGAGGGAUUUAAGAGAGAUAAAAGAGAACUCGAGGAGCGAAUAGAAGAUUUAUUGGCAAAAUAGGAAUAUCUUAAUAGCAAAAAUGUAGAGGAACAUCAUAAUACAGUCCAAUAUUUCGAAAACUUGGUCUCUCAAUAUAAAAUAUAGUUACAAAGGUUCAAUUAUCCGUAAGUACUAUUAUUUGACAUUAACUCAUGUAGGGAGAGGGACGCCAUCAGGUUAGAAUAGAAUAAUAAUUAUUAGUGA